GCGCCGCCACAAACUGUGCAGCACUAGAAAGAAGCAGUUUAGUUACGUUUACUCCGUGCAGGCGCGUUAAUUUUGCAUUAAAAAAAAAGCGAAAAGCGAGCGUUUUAGACCCUUAGAAUACUUGCAAAACCUGGCUUAAAUCAUUGCGCAAAGUUAGUGUAAAAAAAAGCCGGUGUAUCGCCGUUUUCUAGCUUCAAAAAUCGGCAUUUGUAAAGUUGCCCGUUCACGGUAUGCGAAGCGUGGCUGUGUCGAGUUACCUGUAAUUGUAGUUGUGUGCGCCUGUGAGAGAGUGGAGUAACCUCGCCAGCAAAGUCUGAAAUUUGCAAAGAUAUAGCAAUUGCGAAACACUUGAAUAUACCUAUACAUCAUCUACUUAACAACAAUGUCGGAGGCAACUGUGGCCCAAAAGCCCGAGGCGGUGGAAAUCGAGGAGGGAACGGCGGGGGAUGAAAAGAAGACACCCAAACGCACUCCAAAACGACGCUCGUUCAUUGAGCGGGCUCAGCAGGAAAGCGAGGAGCUGGUGCGGACGAUGGGCGGCAAUCUGGAUGUGGCAGGGGGACGGCGGACGCGGUCCAGCACUCGAGGAACACCGACCAGGACCACGGAUGCGGUGACGCCGCCGCCCAGCAAGAAGGCGCGCACCUCCCCAGCCUCGGCAACAAAGGCCAGCACUGGAAAGGGGCGCGGGGCACGCAAACUGGAUGUGGGCGGUGAGCCCGAACAAGAGCCGGAAAAGGUACAGGCACCGGGAAAGGCCGCUGCCAAGAAGGAAAAGAAGGAGGCUAAGAAGGAGGAAAAGGCGGCCGAGGAAGAUGAGCCCGAGGAGGAGGCGGAGGAAGAGCUCGCUGAGCCGAAAGCGGAAGUCGGCACCAAGCCAGACGAGACCGAAGACCAGCCGGAUGCUGUGCCCUCAGUUUCGGAGGAGAAGCAGAACCAUGUCGAUGCAGACAAAACAAGCACUGAAGAGCCCGAGAAGUCAGCCGAAGAGGUGCCAAAAGUGAAGGAGCCAUCCAAACCGAGCGAGGAUGCUUCUGAGAACGGGGCCACAGACACUACCACUGUUUCUGCCAUGGAUGUAGACGAAGAAGAGCACUUGGCCGUUAAGGAAUCUGUAAAAGUUGCAGAGAUGAAAUCAGAAAAGAAGCCUGAGGACCCUGUAGCAGUAGCAGUUGAGGAGGAACCAAAGGUACAAACGGAGCCGGUCAAGGAAGCCUCACCAGAGCCCAUGGAGGUAGAUGCGAGUUCGAAAAGCAGUUCAAACACAGCUCAAGUAGAAACACCAGCCACCGAGGAGGUUUCCGCCGCUCCGGAGCCAGAAGCAGCAGUCGAGGCAACAGAAUCAAGCAAUGAUGUAGAGGAAUUGGCCACAGAGGUAAAGGAAACUGUGCCUGAAGUGCCCAAUUCCGAAGCCAAGGAAGCAGAGUCUGCGGAAGACGUCAAGGAGUCCAGCAUACCGGUGGCUGAGUCCAAGGAAUCCGACAUCAGCAAAGAGACCAAGGAGAUCGUGAAUUCUGUGGAACCCAAGGAGGUAAAGAGCACUACGGAUGAGAGUGUCACGCCCGUUGCCGCCGAGGAUACCGCCACCCCCGCCACCAAUGAUGUCAGCAAGCCCGUGGAAGCAGAUGUCAGCUUGGCAAAGGCAGCCGAGAGUCCUGCCAAGGACUCGCAGAUCGUCAGCGAGGUCAAGAAGACCGAAAUCAAUGUUAAUGGUGAGCCCAAAAUCGUCAACAGUGCCGCCGAAGUGGGCGAGAAUGCAACGCCAAAGGUCUGUAACUAGACCUACUCCACCACCGAUGGACAAUCUAAAAAUUCAACGCGUUGCGGAUGUGUACAAAAAGCAUCUUCAGCUCGCCCGCCGAGUUGGUCUGGAUGUUGCCAACUACAUGCAAACAUUUAAGAGUUCUCCCAAAUCACACAGCUACGAUUUUCUUUUUUAAUUGAUCACUCGAUUUCGUACUCAAAAAACACCUUCAUUUUGAUGAUAGUUUCAUGUCUUCCAGUAAUUGGUUGACGCGAGGGACGCCAUAGGCUGCAAUCGAUGCUGGACUUUAAAUGUUGCACUGUGUGCGUCAGCUAGACAGAAAAGAAAAACAACUAGGCAGUAGUUCCAGUCUCUAAAACCUAGCAACCAACCCACCCACCCACACCUUCUUUCCCAGAAAUACACAGCCAGAUUGUAAAAUU